AUGGUGGAAGUGAAGAAAGAAACAAACUAUGAUAAUGAUCCAAGUGUAGCAAACUCAAUAGCUAAUACACUUAACAAUAAAGUACUUAUUGAUGAAAAACGACCAAUUAAUUCAUUGUUAACCACAGCGUCAAAAAAACCACUAAACUCCAAGGUUGAGCAAACUAACCGAAGACUAUCUAUUUCGACAAUUUCCACACAAUCAAGUAAAGGACAUACAGUUAGUCCACAUUUUCUGAUGAAAAAUAAAAAAAGAAAGAAAAAUCAUAGUGUCAAUGUUAACACUAGUUCCCUAAAUAAUUCCAGUUUUGUCCUUAAUUCGUCUGUAGAUAUGAAUGAUAGCUCUAACAGCAUAACUGUUAAAAGUGAGCCUAUUAAUAUACAUAAUAACAAUAAUACUUUUAGCAAAACGGCAAAAAUAGGUUUUAAUAAUAUGAGCGAAACACCAACCGGUAACGUAAGGAAAAAAAUUCUAACAAAUUGGAAUACUACCAUUUCAAAUGAUAAGGCCCUCCCACGUACAAUUGAAAAAAAUGCUGAACAAAAAACAUGUGAAAAUAACAAUAAUCAUACGCCUACCCUUACUACCACCACUAUAGCUGCCGCCGAUCCUAUUCCUGGUACUAACAAAUACAGCAAUGAAAUUAGUAAUGAUGACAGUAUAAAAUACAAGCGAGCAAAAUUAACUGAUUUUUUUUUGGCACAACCAUCUUUGGACACAGAAAUAAAUAUGGAUCCAACUGUACUAUCUUAUGAUUUUUCUCAAUCCUUUGAUUGUAAUGCUACCACAAAUAUGAUGGCUCCGAACUCACCAACAACAAAAAAAUCCAAAAACAAAUUUAGUCAAAUUAACAAUAAAAGUAAAUAUAACUACGAUUCUGCUCUAAUAGCACUUGACUCAAAUAUCGAUUCUUCCGCAAUAAAUAACGAUACCAGUAAUAACAGCUUAGUCGGUCUGAAAGAGCAGAAGAUAGUUCUGCCAAAGGUAAUUCCGGGUCCUUAUAAAGAAUUGAAUUUUUUAUUGUACCAGGAAGGAGAAGAGGAAGAAGAAGUUACUGACACGGACAGUUUUUAUCGGAAAAUAUUUGAGGAAAUUGAAUCUCCAGAUGAGAAGAAUUUAUGUUUAAAUUACUCUAAAAUGACAAUAUGUGAAUGGUAUUCUAAAGGUUUAGAAUUUAACGAGCAACAUAGGGACAUUUUGAAAAAACUUGCAAUGGCUCGAAUUAAACUAAGUUAUAGGUUUAAGACAAUUACCGAUUUGAUAAAUGAAAGGGCACACAGUUUGAAUAGACAUGGUGCAUUAAUAGAUGAAAAAUUGGUCAAAGUUCAACAGCUUGGUAAUGAAAUUUUAGACAUAAUCUAA